GGGAAAACGCCAUCAACAACCGCUCUAAUGAUAUAUGAUGAUAAGGAUACGGGUUCAACAUUAACCCCCGAAAUGUUACUCACCACAGCGGAAUCAUCAACAUUUAGUGCCUCUGAGGUCGCCGGCCGUUUACAAGUCGAUGUCCGCACCGGCCUCAAAUGGACCGAGGCAAAAUAUCGUGCAAAAAUCAUUGGACAAAAUGAGCUAAAUGUUAUCGAAGAAGAUCCGACAUGGAAAAAAUAUAUAGAACAAUUUAAAAAUCCACUCAUCCUGCUGUUGCUCGGCUCCGCCCUGGUAUCGGUGGUAAUGAAACAAUACGAUGAUGCUGUUAGUAUUACGAUAGCUAUAAUUAUUGUGGUCACCGUGGCAUUUAUACAGGAGUAUCGUUCGGAGAAAAGUUUAGAGGAGUUAAAGAAAUUGGUACCGCCAGAAUGCCACUGCUUACGGGAAUCCCGAUUGGAGACAUUUUUAGCACGUGAACUUGUGCCGGGUGAUAUUGUCCAUUUGAAUGUGGGUGAUCGGGUCCCAGCCGAUGUGAGGCUAUUUGAGGCAAUUGAUUUGUCCAUUGAUGAGUCAAGUUUUACGGGAGAGACAGAACCCUCGCGCAAAUGUACCGAUAUGCUGCUAAACAAUAUGGGCAAUAAGGAUCAUACAAAUAUGAAAAAUAUUGCCUUUAUGGGGACCUUGGUCCGCUGUGGCAAUGGCAAGGGUAUUGUCGUGAGCACUGGGGAGCGCAGUGAAUUUGGUGAGGUCUUCAAAAUGAUGCAGGCCGAAGAGGCCCCCAAGACACCGUUGCAGAAAUCUAUGGAUAUUUUGGGUGCCCAAUUGAGUUUUUAUUCAUUCCUGAUUAUUGGAGUCAUUAUGCUGCUCGGCUGGUUGCAGGGUAAACCUCUCACGGAGAUGUUUAAUAUCUCUGUCUCUUUGGCUGUGGCUGCCAUACCGGAAGGUUUACCCAUUGUGGUGACUGUCACCCUGGCCUUGGGUGUCAUGCGCAUGGCAAAACGUAAUGCCAUUGUCAAGAAGCUGCCCACCGUCGAGACAUUGGGUUGUGUCAAUGUCAUCUGCUCCGAUAAAACUGGAACCCUGACGAAAAAUGAAAUGACCGUCACCGUGAUCAUCACCUCCGAUGGUUAUAUGGCAGAUGUUACGGGAGCCGGAUACAAUGAUCAGGGUGAGAUACACAUACGCAAUUGUAACAAUGUGGAAAUGGCCAAGGCGAAUAUUACCAACCUCCUGGAGAUCGGAGCGGUAUGCAAUAAUGCCUACAUACAAAAUGGUACCCUCCUGGGACAACCCACAGAGGGCGCUCUCAUUGCGGCCGCAAUGAAAAAUGGCAUGUAUGCCACAGCGGAAAAUUAUGUACGCAUCCAGGAAUAUCCCUUCUCGUCGGAACAAAAAAUGAUGGCCGUCAAGUGUAUACACAAAUACAACAACAACAAGGAAGAAAUUUACUUUGCCAAGGGUGCUCUCGAUAUGCUCCUGCCUCAAUGUACGAAAUAUAAAUUUGGCUCACAAACAAUGCCGUUGACGAAGCAAAACGAAGCGGAAUUUUUAGCGGAAGCCUAUGAAAUUGGUCGUAAAGGAUUGCGAGUUUUGGCAUUGGCCAAAGGCAAAAAUCUACAAGAUUUGGUGUAUUGUGGCUUGGUGGGCAUCACCGAUCCGCCAAGGCCAUUGGUUCGAGAAUCGAUAGAGUUGCUGAUGCAGAGCGGCGUGAGGGUGAAAAUGGUGACCGGCGAUGCUCAAGAAACGGCAAUGGCAAUUGGUAAGUGA